AUGGAGGAAUACUUACAGUACAUGAAGACAUUGCGUUCUCAGAUGAACGAUGUGGAGGAUCAAGCUGCGAAGGUCUCAGUGGAAGAGCAAAUGCAACUGACCACCAUUCAGACCUUGGAGAGCGAUCUCAAUUCUGCAAUAUCUGAAACAAAACGAUUCAUGGAAGACAUUGAGCAUAUGAAGAACACGAAGGGUCAAAUAUGUUCACUGAUUUUGAAGAAACAGAGAAAGAUAGCUUCUUUGGAGUCUGAUUCAUCCACCCUUAUCCAGACUUUGGAGCUUAUCGAACAAGAGAGGACCAACUUAUCUUCCAAGCUUAUAGAAAAAAGCACUUACUACAUGAAGGUUAGAGAGGAUAUCAAUGCCAAAUUGCAGCAACACCAGGAUUGGGUCUAUUCUCAUCACACUCAUAUGGAACUGGGAGAGGAUGGAAUGGUUAAGGAGAGAUCUGAUGAGCAAAGAGGGAAGGCUAGCUUUGAUAACCACCUCAGCAUGGGCAAUCAGGGCAAUGAUGCAAGGAAGAACCUAAUGGCCAUAUUGGACUCUGCUAAAGCCAAGCUUGAUGAGAUUUUAAAGAUGAAAUCUGAACUUGUUAUAGAAAACCGCAAGAUGAAACAGGCUAUUGAGCAAGCAAAUUGCAGGGAAAAUGAUUUUAAGCCAGAGCUAAGGGCAAUGGAUGUAAACACCCUUGAAGAGGAAUACGAUGCCCUUCUAUCAGAUAAAGCUGGAGUAACUGAAUACCUGAAGUCUCUGCAGGACCAAAUUGAGAAACUGAAGGAAAUAUCUCAUGUGGUUAAAUGUGCUUGUGGAGAGGAAUACAAAGUGGUAGUGGACUUUUGUGUAUAA